AAGGGGCGGGUGGUGGAAAAGGGCGGGUCCUGGCCAGGGCCGGGCCCGGCAGCUCCGCCAUGGUCAACCUGGGCGUGCGGCGGGUGGAGGAUGAUGUGGCCGCCAAGCACCCGGCGCUGCAGCAGUACGCGGCCUGCCAGUCUCACGCCUUCAUGAAGGGCAUCGGCACCUUCCUGGCAGGUACGGGCCGGUCCAGCCACCUGGGCAUCGCCCGGGCUGUCCUUGGCCGCUCCCCGGGGGCAGCGGGGACGUCCCGGCCGUGUCCGGUGACCUCGGCCCCGGUCUCGGCAGGCAGCGGGGCCGCCUUCGCAGUGCAGAAGCUGGCGCGGCAGAAGCUGCCGUACAGCCAUCAGUGGAGCCUGCUGCUGGCCGCGGCUGCAGGGUCCCUCGGAAGCUACGUGGUAACCAGAGCUGAGACGCAGAAAUGCUCCAACUUCUGGAUUUACCUGGAGACAGGCAAGUCCCCACAGGAGCUCAGCGUGACUGGUGGGGUGUCUCAGCCCGCAGAAAACCUCCCCAGUGCAGAGGACGGGGACGGCGCCGCAACAUCGGUGAGGAAGAACAGGUACGGUGACGUGGUGGAGUAGCCAGCAGAGCAUAGCAGGCUGUGCCCGUGUCCCACUUCACCUCCUCCUGCCUGCCCCACAUGACGCUGCCCAUGCUGCCUGUGAGGCUGGUGGGCUUGGUGACACUGCUGGGAAGCUCAGAGGACUCGAUCCUGCAGUGAGAGCAUGGUGGAGGCACCUCGGGGGUUGCUGCCGCCUGCUCCAUGGCCUCUGCACAUUGCACUGGGGGUACAAUAAAGGUUGAGAGCUGCA